AUGGACGAGGUACGUUUGGAAUUUAGUGCAAAAGCAGAGAAAAAGCAAAGACUUGUGGGGGCCUUCGAGGAGAAACAUGCUGCCGCACUGGGUGGCAUCAAUGUUUCACAGAAACUUAGAGGAAAGCUGCAGUUGUUAGCUGAUGACGUGUGGGACGCACGAGAUGACCUUACCAAGAACCAGAUCAGUUACUGCGAGAUGGUGGACAGGGAAUCCAAUCUCAAGGACGGUAUGCUCCAGAUCUCGGGUCAUAUCCAGCAGUAUAUACAUACCUUCUUGGUGAGACGAAUCGCUGCUUGUAUUGGAAAUGCAAACAAGUUUUUACAGUCCACAUACAAAUUCCAAGAAGCUCACGUGUUCAACAAGAGACACCUUUCCGUAAUACAUACCGUAAUACAUACCAUAUCUGCGAUGAGAAAAGGUGACGUCGCGGACGAGUUGAUAGCACAAGCAUCUAAGAUUUACACCUUCCCAAAUACAAAGGACUAUCCUGUUUACAUGAAGGGAACUCCAAAACUUCCGGAAGUCAAACUUAAUGAAAGAAUUGGAAGUAGUUGUGUUCAUACACACUCCAAAACAGUUGUGGGAAGCCUUCGUUUAUCAGAGAAUCUAAAUGGCUAUAGACUAAAAAUAUCUGGCCGAGCCGAUGCCGCUCCCCCAAAUCCAGGGUUCUUCCACUUAAAGACAGAUCACCAUGUGAAAUGUAAACUGGGGAUGUUCGAUGGAGACGUGGGGUUCUGCUGGACCCGGAAGACAAAUUACAGUCGGGAGAAGACAUGGGGAUUCUUUAUGCGACCACCUGCCUUAACGGAUUUUACCGAGCACACGCCAAAAGAUUCAUCAUUACAGGACACUAUACCGACGGCGCUCGUAAACCUAAAAAUACUCAAGAUACCAGAAAUAAACAUAUGAGCUGGAGAGCCCGUUGAUCCUUCUUGUUAUUUGUCUUGGAAACUGCUUGGGCGCACGUGCUACAACAUUUCGGUGAUUUUUGGAAUAGAAACAGUAUAUUAUGGUAUUCACUAUAAACAUAUACCUAUCUGAACAUUUUAAUGCGGAUAUAUGGUAGUUAUGACGCUAAUUCUGUACAUAAAAAAGUCGACGAAGUUUGCUAGGACGAAUAAA